AUGGACAAUACGAAUAAACAUUUGUUGAACUUUAAAGGAUAUAAUUUUCUGAAAAGUUUAGUGAACAUUGAGGAAUUAGAAAAGAUGGAAGAUUUUGAAAUUAGAGAUGACGAUGUCUUCAUCAUCACAUACCCAAAAUCUGGUACCAUCUGGACUCAGCAGAUCCUCAGCUUGAUUUAUUUUGAGGGGCACCGGAACAACACUGACAAUAUACCAACUAUGGAUAGAGCACCAUUCUUGGAGUACAAUAUUCAUAAUUUAGACUAUGCCAACAUGCCAUCCCCUCGCAUCUUCACUUCCCACCUUCCAUAUUACUUCGUACCAAAAGGUCUCAAGGAAGAAAAGGCUAAAAUUCUUUAUAUUUACAGAAAUCCCAAAGAUGUUUUAAUCUCAUUUUUCCAUUUUUCAAAUUGGGUGGUUACCUCAAAAGUUACUGAUACCAUAGACCAUUGUCUGGAAAAAUUUCUAAAUGGAAAAGUUGUAGGAAGCUGUUGGUUUGAUCACAUUAGAGGCUGGUAUGAACACAGACAUGACUUCAAUAUAAUGUUCCUGAGCUAUGAAGAUUUGAACAAGAACCUCAGAAGCUCAGUGCUUAAAAUCUGCAGUUUUCUGGAGAAAGAACUGAGUGAAGAAGAUGUAGAUGCUGUUGUAAGGCAAGCUACCUUUCAGAGCAUGAAAUCUGACCCACGAGCAAAUUACGAAUAUAUUAUAAAUAAUGAAAUUGGGGUGAGAAACAAUGAUGGCUCUUUCCUACGCAAAGGUACCAUUGGAGACUGGAAACACCAUUUGACUGUGGAGCAGAAUGAAAGAUUUGACAUGAUAUUCAAGAGGAGUAUGAAAAAAAUUCCCUUGAAAUUUAUCUGGGAUAUAAAUGAAGAAUAA